AUGACAUCCUCCCGCCGCCCAUCUCUCGACACCCUCAACACCAACGUCGGCCUCAGCCUCAGCGCCAGCUCGACCCCCUCCACAGCGCGUGCUGUCUCCCCCUCCCUCCAUCCACGCCGCAACCGCGCCGCCCUCCGCGACUACUACAACCUCAAACCCUCGGCAGCCGAAAUACCGGGAGCCAGACGAUCCCGCAGCAUUCCCCGACCCACCGACGCAGCGGACACCUCGAAUCCGUCAGUCGUCCAGACCGGGACGGAACUCGAUAGUCCCGAUUUCGAUGCCCAACACUAUGUCAAUCAUCUCCUGGCUACGUCGUCGCUGUCAACGGUGCUGAAGGCGGAGAAUACCCUCGUCGGGGAUAUCAAAACGCUGGAUAGUGAGCGCAAGGCGCUUGUCUACGAUAACUACUCGAAGCUGAUUCGCGCGGUGGAGACUAUUGGGAAGAUGCGGCAGAGCAUGGAUGACCGGGGGGCGCCGUUGACGAUGACCAAAACGUUGGGACCGGCUAUUGCUUUUGUGGCGGAGACGGCUGGGGGGUUGAUUCAGGAGGGGGAGGAGCAGAGACGGCGGAUGAAGGAGGCGAAGGCGUCGGAUGAGGUGGAGCGCAAGAAGGCUGAGAAGGAGACGGUGAGGUGGGUGCUUGGUACGCCGGCUCGGUUGGAGAAGCUUGUUGCGGACGGCAGUCGGGAGGAGGCUGAGAAAGAUUGGGAGGAGGUGCGGGAGCUGCUCCAGAAGUGGGAGGGUGUGAAAGGCGUCCAGGAGCUCCGGGAGGCUUGUGAGAAGGCCAUGGAGAAGAGCGAUGACGCUUCCUGA